AUGGACCACUCAUCCCUGCCCUCUAUCUGGGGUCGUCAUGAUGCCGAGGAUGAAAAUGUCCUCGAAUUCCUCAACCAUAUACCCGACGAAACAGGGGCUUUAAAACGACGCAAGCAACUUCCCACCAAUUCGCCCAGUCCUCCAGGAUUCACGAAAUCCAAUGGUUGCUGGCUAGAUCCGCUCAGAGAGCUCCUGCAUGCAGUAUUAUCCUACCUUGCCCCCUUGGAUCUCUUGAGCGUCACAGCAACUUGCCGCACCCUGCGCGAGUAUGCUGUAUCCGAACUCCAUUGGCAUCGCUGCAUCCAGCGCAACGUCCCAGGUGUCUGGCUCUCGACCCCCGGCCCAUGCAAAACUUUUCGGGAACUAUAUUCUGCUUUCGACAGACUAUGGUUUCUGCCACGAUACAAAAUUUGGUUUAGCGAUCGUGACCUCAUGGGAAAGCUUAUUCUUGCGCGGUACGAUCAACGAAGAGGCUGCAUAGAAGCAUAUCAGCUGCUUGCCGUCAGUCGCAGAGAUUCAUACGAUCACUGGCCCGCGGACAAGGAGGUAAUAAUUCAUGGAUUUGAUCCCAAAGUCAGCCUGCAUCUGGACAAACCGGUUUUGCAAUUCAGGGUGCAAGAAAAGGGGAAAGCGGAACGAGAAUUUCACAAGCGUCCCGGCGGUAACCGAUUCGCCGACGAGAUGCCCAUGACUCUAGAUGACCGAUUGGCGGGCAUGUACAGCAACUUUAUGCUGACGCGACCACUGAACCCUGAAGAGGCUGACAGAGGUCUUUCGGGAGAUUACCCUUACCACGACAUCUGGCCACCACCAGCCAUCCCGGCUAGACACCAUGUCGCCGGCAUCGAAUCCGGGCAAGCCGCUGUCCGAACACCCGUGCAUGACAGGCCUCGCUGUCGGUCUGAAGUGUCCGAUCAGACCUUCCGCAUACGGCAGUGGAUGGAGCUCCUCGGAACGGCUCCGCUACCUUUGCCCUGGGCUGCUGCACCUUUACCGAACAGUAACGGCGCUGCGGCCGCCAUUGGCGUGCAUAUUGGUGAAGAAAUUGUCACCUACUCCACCUUGGAUCCCACGCUAUACACACCGACGGCUACGAAGCCGUGGCGUGGGAUCUGGGUUGGCGACUACAGUGGUCACGGCUGCGAAUUUCUAUUGGUGAACCAACCAGAUGAUCCUCCAGCCACCGAUCUCGAGCUUGGGCUGGAGCGAGACGACAGCGAGACCGAGGACGAGUGGCAAAAGAGGAGACUCGACGCGCGGAUGUACAGAGGCCGACUGGAAGCAAUCAAGCUGACGGGCGACCCGAAUAUACCUCGCGGCGAAUAUACUUUUGUGGCUGAUGACCUUGGCCCUGCCGGAUAUGUGGGCGAUGCCCAGGACGAGUUGUUUGCUGGUGCUCGCAUGGUUAGAAGCAAAGGGCAUGUGGCUGCAGCCGGGUUCCAUCGGGGUACGUCGCGCACCAUCAUAACCCGCUAA